AUGACAACAUUUCAGAAGGUAAAACAAGCUCUUAAAAGGCUUAAUAGGACAAAUGAAAAUCCAAAGCAACCAGCUAUCGUGUCUGUUGCAGAUCUGGGUGGCACUGAGCGUGAUUAUGCCACUUUCCUCAGUUUGCCUCCAAUGAAGACGCUACUAACGCGAUGCCAAUGGAUCGUGAUCAUUCUGCCGGGACAAGAAGAGGGUGCUGAGGAUUUGGAAAAAAGUAAAAAUUCAACAAGCAAGGGAGACAAACCCAAACUUUUACGAGUGGUCUUAUUCGGAGAGGGUCUUGGUGCAAAUAUGCUCGCAAGAGUAGCAUGUUUGGAUGAAGAGAUCGUCCUCGGCGCGGUGCUCAUUCAUUGUUGUGGAGUCUUUCUUGGACGUCUUGCAGGUGUGAAAGAUAAGAUGCAACAGUGGCGAGCGAACAAUCUUCCAACCGAACCCUACACAGAGAGGCAAAUAAUUGAUCAUCGAUUCAAAUCUAUGAACUCAGAGAAGCAUUCGUUAAAUUUAAAGGAUGCUGAAGCUGAAUUCAGAGAUCGCCUUCACAACAAACUGAAUUUAAAUAACGUUAAGAAGUUAUCCAUCGUCUAUGAACACUGCCCAAUUCUUUUCAUCGCGGGCAAGCAGUGGGCCAACUUGAGUCGACAUCGGCUUCUCGUUGAGGCGGUGAAGAAAAUUAAUGUCAACAAUCAAGUCAGCAUUGAAAGUAUUGAAUACGACGAUACUGUCAGUCCGCUCGUAGAAAAGCCGGAAAAGGUGGCGGAGAGUUUGAGAUACUUCCUUCAAGGAUUGGGGCUUGUGAGUUGUCUCAUCAGCAGCACCGCUAAUACUGGUUAUAAGAUUCGUGGAAUUACGCCUAUGCCUUCCUUACCUGACGAUGGAGUGGAGUUGGAGAACUCUCGCAAUGACAAAUGCACAACGAAUGAUCAAAAGGGUACCCGCAGAUACUCCCCACCACCAAUGGGGCAACAGAAGCGCAUGCCUCCACCAUUUGUGCGUCGACAAAUGUCCAUGGCUGAGUUGGACAUGCCUCGAGGACCGGCAGCUCUCAGUUCAAUUAAACCAUCCUCUUAA